UCCUCAUCAUCUAUUCUAACACAACACACUCAUCUUUCUCGUAUUUCUUCUCUCAUACAACUUGGCAUUUUCUCCUCAUUAUUUUUUCGCCUCUUCACCUCUUACAUACACCCUUCCAGAACUCAACAAUGACCGGCAAAGAAAUCCUCCACAAGAUGAAGGAGAAAGUUUUGGGACCAUCUGAUCCAGACUCUGGGAAAGGAAAGAGCAAGAUGUCAAAGCAUGUAACUCAUGGCUUUCACUUGGUAAAGGGUAAAUCAGUUCAUGCCAUGGAAGACUAUGUGGUUGCUGAAUUCAAGCAUGUUGAUGACAACGAGUUGGGUUUAUUUGCAAUAUUUGAUGGUCACGCAGGUCAUACUGUAGCGGAUUACUUGCGUUCUAAUCUGUUUGAUAAUAUCUUAAAAGAGCCUGAUUUCUGGACUGAACCUGUGGAUAGUGUGAAGAGAGCAUAUAAAGAAACUGAUUCUACUAUUUUAGAGAAAUCAGGUGAAUUGGGUAAAGGAGGUUCAACUGCAGUUACAGCAAUACUAAUUAAUUGUCAGAAGCUAGUGGUGGCCAAUAUCGGGGAUUCUCGGGCUGUCUUAUCUGAGAAUGGUGUUGCUAUACCACUGUCGGUUGACCAUGAACCAACAACAGAAAGCAAUGAUAUAAAAAACAGAGGUGGUUUUGUAUCUAACUUUCCAGGGGAUGUUCCACGGGUUGAUGGACAGUUAGCAGUGUCAAGGGCAUUUGGCGACAAAAGCCUAAAGAUACACAUGACUUCAGAACCGCAUGUGACAGUAAAGAUGAUAGAUGACGGUGGAGAGUUCGUUAUAUUAGCCAGUGACGGGUUAUGGAAGGUCAUGUCAAAUCAAGAAGCAGUGGAUGCAAUCAAAGAUAUCAAAGAUGCUCGGUCUGCAGCAAAGCAUCUUACUGAAGAAGCGCUUAACAGGAGGAGCUCAGAUGACAUCUCUUGCAUUGUUGUGAGGUUUCACUGAUUGCGAAGUUCACAUUGUAGAUUCUUGAUCUACAAACUUUAGUGUAUAUAUUGAUAAGUGUUGAUAUCCAUUGAGGUGUUAUUCUGCUCAAGCAUAAGUGUGUGAUCUCUUUUCUUGCCUGCUUUCAUUCAAACCAACUUGGAUAUUGUGUUGUUUGAUGUAGAAAUGCAAUAAAUAUUUAGUAUUGGAUGGUUAAUGCCAAAGUAAUUUGUAUGAAUGCAAGAGAGUUUGAUCAAUAAAGUAUAUAUAUUUUC